AUGACCUCCACCACCACCCCCUUCGCCAACACCGAACUCCCCACCACCUUCCUCGCCCUCCUCGACACCGCCAUCACCUCCUUCCACCGCAUCCCCGGCUCCGCCAUCGUGACGCGCUACAUCCGCUCCUCCUACCAAAACGACCCCAUCCGCUCCCUCGUCGAGCUUUUCCUCGUCAUCUUCGCCGUGCGCUACUUACUCGCCCCCACUUACUCCACGAAAAAGGUCAAGAAUGUCCCGUUGACGGAGGAUGAGAUUGACGAGUUAGUCGAGGACUGGACGCCCGAGCCGCUGGCGAGCGAGGAGACGGAGUGGGAGCGGUUGGAGAAUGAGAAGAGGCCGGUUCUGGUGGGCGGGCCGGUCGGCGCGAGGGUGAAGUUGGCGGGGAGUGGGAGGAUGGUGGUGAAUUUGGCGAGUUAUAAUCACUACAACUUCGCUUCGAACCCGGACUUGACGCAGAAGGCUAUCACUACGGUGAAGACGUAUGGAGUUGGACCGUGUAGUCCGCCGGGGUUUUAUGGAACGCAGGAUGUGCAUAUGAAGAGUGAGGCGGAUAUUGCGGCGCAUUUGGGCGUCGCGGCUUGUAUUAUUUACGCGCAGAGCUUCAGCACGAUCUCCAGUUUGAUUCCGGCGUUUAGUAAGAGGGGGGAUAUUAUUGUCGCGGAUAAGGCGGUGAAUUUCCCCAUUCGCAAGGGGUUGCAAAUCAGUCGGAGUACGGUGCGGUGGUAUGAGCAUAAUGAUAUGGAGGAUUUGGAACGGGUGUUGCUGAGGGUGGUUAAGGAGGGGCAGGGAAAGCCGCUGACGAGACGGUUUAUCGUUACCGAAGGGCUUUUUGAGAUGACGGGGGAGAUGACGGAUUUGGUACGGUUGGUGGAGUUGAAGCAGAAAUACAAGUUUCGGAUGAUUCUGGACGAAACGUGGAGUUAUGGCGUCCUGGGUCGGACGGGGAGGGGACUGACGGAACACCAAAACGUCGAUCCCACACAGGUGGAUAUGAUUGUGGGUGGUCUCGCGGGCGCGUUGGCGGCGGGAGGUGGCUUCUGCGCAGGCACGCACGAGAUUGUCGAACAUCAGCGCUUGUCCGCCGCGGCGUUUACAUUCUCCGCCGCCCUGCCCGCGCUCCUUGCUACGACGGCGAGCGAGACGGUCAGUCUGUUACAAACGCAACCCAGUCUCAUCCAGACCUUACGGGAAAACAUCCGCGCCAUGCGCGCCCAACUCGACCCGCGCAGCGAAUGGGUCCGGUGUACCUCCUCCCCCGAGAAUCCCGUUAUGAUCCUCGUCCUCAAAGACCAACACGUCACCGACCGCAACCUCUCCCGCCAAGAGCAGGAAGCGGUGAUGCAAGAUUGCGUCGACGAGGCGUUAGCUCAGGGCGUGCUGGUGACGAGGCUGAAGAGUAUGCCCGCCGCACUCGGGGUGAAUGCGCGCGAUGCGCAGAAGGAGUGGCAGCCCCGCCCGGGGUUGAAAGUGUGUGUUACGACGGGGUUGAGUAAGAGAGAGGUUGAGGCGGCGGGGAGGGUGGUCAGGCAUGCGAUUACUAAUGUUAUGAAGGGGAAGAAGUGGCAGGUGCAGAGGGGGCAGUAA